CACAAACUUUCUUUAUGAGUACCCUUCCCAUUUCCCGGCAUCCAAACAGAGCCGAAAGGAAGGACGCACGGGCACAGUUGGAGCUUAAAAAGGGGAGUUUGAGUGAUGCCUUCCCCAAAUCCGAUCCCAAAGCUUCGUCUUUUUUCCUUCGGCAAUAAUGGCAAUCGAAAAUCAGACCCAGUAACCGCCGCUUUUCCCUCUUCCGCCUCUGUAGCCCGCGGUCUCACCGCUUCGACGCCGCCCGGAAACCCCCCAGUCCAUCAUCAACACGAUGCCGGCUGAUGAUCACGAAGCCGAAAGACUUUUGCUCGAUGGAGAAGAGACGGCUUACGAACCCACCGAGAAAGUCCAUAUCAUCGGCGUCGACGACGGCGACGAUGCCGACUGGGGCAAGACGCCGCCCUUUUCGUGGAAGAAGCUGUGGCUAUUUACCGGGCCCGGGUUCUUGAUGAGCAUAGCGUUUUUGGAUCCGGGUAAUUUGGAGAGUGACCUCCAGGCCGGCGCCAUAGCCGGAUACUCGCUGCUGUGGCUGCUGCUUUGGGCCACCGCCAUGGGGUUGCUCGUCCAGCUCCUGGCGGCGCGGGUCGGAGUGGCCACGGGGCGUCACCUGGCGGAGCUGUGCCGGGAGGAGUACCCGAGAUGGGCGAGGCUGCUGCUGUGGUCCAUGGCGGAGCUUGCCCUGAUUGGGUCCGACAUUCAGGAAGUCAUCGGCAGUGCCAUUGCCAUCACCAUUCUCAGCAACGGCCAUAUUCCUCUCUGGGCCGGUGUUGUCAUAACAGCCUCCGAUUGUUUCAUCUUUCUGUUUCUUGAGAACUACGGUGUGAGGAAACUUGAAGCAGUUUUCGCUCUUCUUAUUGCAACCAUGGCAGUGUCGUUUGCUUGGAUGUUUGGUGAAACAAAACCCAGUGGGUUACAACUUCUUCUUGGCAUUUUAGUCCCAAAACUGAGCUCAAAAACAAUACAGAAGGCUGUGGCUGUUGUGGGCUGCAUUAUCAUGCCUCACAAUGUAUUCUUACACUCUGCCCUUGUACAAUCAAGGGAGAUUGAUCGGACAAAGAUCGGCCGGGUUCGCGAAGCCCUCAACUACUACUCUAUAGAGUCCACCGCUGCCCUUGUUGUUUCCUUUAUCAUCAACCUAUUUGUCACAGCUGUGUUUGCCAAGGCAUUUUAUGGUACUGAUAUAGCCAGUAGCAUUGGCCUAGUAAACGCGGGGCAGUAUCUUCAGGACGAGUAUGGCGGAGGGCUGUUCCCGAUUCUCUACAUUUGGGCUAUCGGGUUAUUGGCCGCUGGCCAGAGCAGCACCAUCACCGGCACCUAUGCUGGGCAAUUUAUCAUGGGAGGCUUCCUGGACUUGCGGUUGAAGAAAUGGGUCAGGGCAUUGAUAACAAGAAGCUGUGCUAUCAUCCCUGCUAUCGUAGUUGCCGUUGCCUUUGAAUCGGAGGACACUUUGGAUGACUUGAAUGAGUGGCUCAAUGUGCUUCAGUCAGUUCAGAUUCCCUUUGCCCUCAUUCCCCUUCUUUAUCUAGUGUCAAAGGAGGAGGUCAUGGGCGUUUUCAAAAUCGGCCCCGUCCUAAAGAUGGUUUCGUGGCUUGUGGCUGCCUUGGUGAUGGCAAUCAAUGGGUAUCUUUUGAUGGAAUUCUUCUCCUCCGAAAUACAUGGAUGGUUGUCAGGAUGUGUGGUUUUGGCUUUCACAGCUGCUUAUGUUGCAUUCGUCAUAUACCUCGUGUCAAGGGCCAUUUCCUUUUCUAAUUGCCUUGGCUUUCUACGCAUCAACAACUUCACCAGCACAGAGACUUGAUUAUUUUGGCACAGAUAACAUAUGUUUAUGCAUCUUUCCGGGGAUUAAUCCCUAGUGAACCAAACAAACCAUUGUCUUUUCUUCCUCAAUUACCAGUUUGCCUGUAAUUGUAAACUUGCAAACUGGUGUCUGAAUUCUUACAUAUUACACAAACUUCUUCUUGUGUUUAGGAUUUUAGAUGUUUUCCUUCUUCUUUCAGUAUAUAUGUAAUGGAUUAAGUUUGUAAGUAUUAGCCUCUAACUAGACGGACAAUCGACUUCUAACUA